UAAUUGGCGGUACCCCGCGUGUGUCUUGGCGUUUCCUGGGUCGGGAAAUUGCAGAGGGAGCAAGAGGCGAGUUUCAGCAGCGGGGACGGGCAACGCGCCUGUGACCAACCUCCUCCCAAGAAACUCAGACGGCCAGCCCAGUGCGUGUCGCUGUGCCCUGGUGCAAUGUUAAAUCUGCGAAAAGAUCUGGGCGUGGGGACAGGGGAAUCGGAAAAUGCGUUGUGAAAGAUGAUGAGUGCGGGUGCCGCCUGAAGACGGGAAAAAUUGAACUGUGGACAGGACGUACAAAUACCGUUCUACAGCUGGAACAGUGUAGGGAUUGCGUGUUUAUCGGACAAUGAUGGCAGAUGAAUUGGAAGUGGGUAAGCCUAGUGCCACAGCAAAGUCGCCAGAAGAGCCGAGUGUCGAAGCUGUGAGUGGCGUUGUACUUGAAGACGGCCCUCCGGUGGAACUCAGCGAGCCCGACGAUCUGGCGAACUAUUUAGAAUUGAAAUCUGAAGCAAGGGACCCGAGCAAAAAACUGUGCGGCUACCUCAACAAGCUGGGGGGCAAAGGACCGCUAAAAGGCUGCAAGACCCGCUGGUUUGUGUACGACCAGGAGAUGUGCCAUUUGUAUUAUUUCCGAACGACCCAGGACAACAACCCGUUAGGGAGAAUAGACCUCUCCAACGCUGCCUUCAAUUAUUGUGUGGAAGCAGACGAAGGAACAUUCGAAAUCUCAACUCCGGAAAAGCAUUAUACACUGAAGGCAAAGAAUAAAGAUGCCAUGAUGUACUGGUUACAGCAGUUACAGCAGAAGCGUUGGGAACAUGGUGCGGAGCAGAAUUAUGCCCUUACAGAUGACCUCAGCAUCUCCACAGAGCAUACCGAAUUACCAGCAGUAUUCAAAACAGAAGAGGAAACAGAUGAGUUCUUGGAUCCUGUGAAAACGCCUACUGGUCUCGUCGGAGUGGAAGCAGCUUCUCUCCCUGCUCCCCUACAGCCCACCACCCUGCACAACAUCUCUCUCAAACAUCUGGGAACAGAAAUCCAGAAUUUUGGUUCUAAAACUGUAUUUCAGUUCUCUGGAAACAAAUCAUUAAGAGAAAAUAGGACAUGUUUUGAAGAAACUCAUCAGGGACCAAAUGAGACUGGGCAAAAUCUACCUCAGAUCAAGGAAGGAGACAUAUCAGUUAAGGACUCACACCAGGAAGAGCAGAAGACCCCAUUUCAGAAGAGUACUAGGGGCAGUUUGAAAUUGCUGACCAAUCGGUUCAACAGCACACCGUUGCCUGCAGAGGAGCUCAGGAAUAGCCCAGACAAAACCACAAGGUUACAAAAUGACAUCUUGAGACUCACCAACGAGCUUAAUGCACAGAGGGAAUUGGUCAAGCUCUUGCACCGAGCUCUGGAGGCUGCGCAGCAGGAGAAGAGGGCCUGCAACUCCUACCUCACAGCAGACGACUCCACCCGCUUGGAGCUGGUGCGGCACAAGGUGAGGCAGGUCAGGGACUUGGACAGCCGGGUCAGUGCAUUGGAGAAGGAGAAGCAGGAGCUGGAGCAGAGCCUGAGGCUGCAGAAGGACCUUGUGGAGGAGUUGAAGCAGCAUGCCCAGCUCCUGAUGGAGAAGAACAACGCCAAACAAGAGGUCAUCCUGAAACUCUCCGAGCAGAUGGCCAGCGAAUACACCUCCCUGUCAGAAAUGUGCGACCAAGUAACUGCCGAGACCAUGAGGAAACUGGAGGAGAGAUUUGCACAUUUAAAGGAUGAUCAAGAAGCUUACAAGACGCAGAACAAGUUCUUGAACUCUGAGAUCUACCAGGUCACUAAGCUUUGGCAGGCCACAGCGGAUCGGGAGAACGCUCUGGCUAUGCAGUGUGCUUUUUUGAAGGCCAGGUACUGCCAGAUCGAGAGCAAGUAUUUGACAAUACUUCACAAGCUUCAAGACGACAUCAGUAACAAAAAAGAGACGAACCAGGAUAUGGUGAAGCAGCUUAUUGCUGACCAGUCACAAUGGGAGAAUAAAGAUCAGCCCGGCAGCAAUGUUGGUGAUAUUUGCAAUGAGUAUGAUGAAUAUGGUUUUAAGACAGUGUCAUCUCCGGUGCUGGAAAAAAACCUCUUGGCCAAAAUCCAGGCUCUUGAACGAAAAUCCAUGCAACUGAUGGCUACUCAGGAGAGUCAAGAGAAAACCUUCCAGGUGAAGUGGACAAACCAUCUGUCAGGAAGGUCCUUUGGUGAAAUUCAACCAUCGCCAGAGCUAAAGAACAUGAUCCGUAAUGGCAUCCCCAAGGAAUAUCGGAGGCAUGUUUGGAAGUGGUGUACUGAUCGGUGGGUGCGGUGUAUAAGGGAGCGAUAUGGUGCGAAGCGCUAUCAGGAGCUGCUGAAGCUGUGCAAGAACAAAGACCAAGCAGCAUCGAAGCAGAUUGAACUGGACCUCCACCGGACUCUGACCAAUAACAGGCUGUUCACUUCCCCAAACUCCAAGAUGGUUCAGAAACUCCGCCGAGUGUUAUUGGCAUACUCGUGGCAAAACCCUGAUAUCGGAUACUGCCAGGGACUGAACAGACUGGCAGCCAUUGCGUUGUUGAUCCUGAGAGAGGAAGAAGACGCUUUCUGGUGCCUCGUGGCCAUAAUUGACUGCAUUAUGCCAGAGGAUUACUACAGCAAGACCCUUACUGGCUCGCAGGUCGACCAGAGGGUGUUUAAGGACUUCCUGUCAGAGAAACUGCCCAGGCUCACGUCUCACUUCGAUCAGUAUAAUGUGGACCUCUCUUACAUUACGUUUAACUGGUUCCUCGUUGUCUUUGUUGACAGCCUUCAGAGUAACAUUCUGCUCAAGGUCUGGGAUGCAUUCCUGUACGAGGGAACAAAGGUUAUAUUCCGCUAUGCACUAGCAAUUUUCAAAUACAACGAGGAAGAAAUUCUGAAACUUAAUGACAACCUGGCAAUUUAUGACUACCUUAGAUACUUGACACAAAACAUUUCCCAGGGAAGGAAGCUCAUGAACAUUGCAUUUGUUGAAAUGAACCCAUUUCCUUUGAAGCUGCUUCGAAACCGUCGGCUGUUGCACCUGGAGAAACUCAAAGCUGAGCUGAGCGAGCUGGAGAGGAUACGCGAAGCAUACGUGAAAGAAAGAGUGGAACAGAAGAUCACAAUUGACGGUGCUAGUGAGGAUGAGGAUGAAACUGAAAGGAAUCGUCCUGAAGUGGCCUCACCCUGAAUUUUCCCCAGGGGAUACCUCAAAACCAUGAACCAUAGUCUUCAAGAAUGAGCACCUAUACUCCAGUUUUCCAAUAAUAGAAAUAACUUCUCCCAAGAUGUGUUUCCUUCAUUUACAAGGGAAAACACAGGAGUAAAGUUGAUAGAUUUCACUCUAUGGUACCUUUCUUGUGCUUAUUAUUGUCAAUAUCAAGUGUCUCAGCUUGGGUGUAGCUGAGUCCAGAUGCAGAGGAAAAUAUGAUUUGCCUUAAGCAAAGGUACCUUUUUUUUAAACCAAAGAUUGGAAGAGUGCUACCAUCAUCAUCUUAAACGUUUUAUUUUGGUUCUCACACCGAACAUCCUGUGAACGAGCUUGAGCCAAUCAAUCCUGAAAUAGUCUGGUGGCUUUUGGAGUCCUGAUAGGCAGAAUCUGGAGAGGACCUACUCAGGUUCAUUCCCAAACAAUGAUUGAGAUUGAGGCAAGAUUCCAUCCUAUAUGCCCAAACAGGUUCAAACCCACCUUAGGAAGGAUAUAUUGGUCUUAGAGGGACUACAGUAUAGGUUUAAAAGGGUGGUACCUGGACUUCAGGGGUUAUGUCAGGAGGAGAGAUAUGCAAACUAGGCCUGUUUUCUUUAGAAUUUAGAAAGUUAAAUGUGAUCUGACCGAAAUCUUCAAGAUAUUAACAAGAGACGAAAAGGUUGAUAAAGAUAACCUAUUUCUACGGGUUGAGGAUUCUAGAAUUGAGAAGCAGAGUCUGAGAAUUCGAGACAGACAGUUCAAGAGAGCUGUUGGGAAGCACGUCUAUACAAUGGGUGGCAAAGAUUUGGAACUCUCUUCCACAGUCAGAAGUUGAUGCUAGAUCAGUUAAUUUUAAAACUGAUAUAGGUAAAUUUUUGUUAUGCAAAGGUAUUAAGAGGUAUGAGCCAAAGUCAGGUGUAUGGAGUCAGGCCUCAGAUCAACUAUGAUUUAAUUGAAUGGUGGAACAGGCUUGAAGGGCUGAAUGGCCUAUUCCUGUUCCUAUAUUCAAAGAUGAGAGGAGAGUGAGCUAUACACUGCCAUGUCAUAUAAGAGGAUUAUAUAUACCCUUGAUGCUUGAUUUUAGCCCAAUUUGGAGCUCAUCAGAUAAAUGCACACACACGGAAUGUCUCAGUUAGGUAAAGUGUUAGCGAUUACUUGAGGAAACAUAUGUGUGAUUUAUUAUCCAACUAUGGGACAGAAAUCUAAUCCCAAACCCAAUGUCCCCUUCUUUCACAUGCCAUCUGAAUGGGUGUUUCUGCACCUGAUUGACUGCAGCAUUCAGAUGGUGGUUCUCAAGGAGAUUUAGGGAUAGGCAAUAAAUGCUGGCUAAGCCAAAGAUACCGUCGUCCCAUGAGAGAAUCAUUUACAAAAUAACCACAGAAAUAUUUAUUAUUGAUAAAUGAUAACUUGUAUCAAUGGUGGGCACAGGGUAACAUCUUUGGAAUUGGCAGGAUUUAGGUGUAAUUAAUCAACCUGGCACAUGGCCAACAUUCAUUUAAUUUGAAAAUGUUUAUUUCUUUUUAAAGAAACUGCUACCUUUAUUCUACAGAAACUCAUUCUGUGCGCAAACUAUGAGCCUUUGAGAGCUUGCGGUUGAUUAUAGACUGUGCAGCUAGAUCCUGUAUCGGUUACCUCAUUGCAAAGUUGAUUGAUUUGCUCAAAUAUUAACAGCCACAUCUCACCUGAGAUAUCUCUUUGUUUUGCCACUGGUUCAUGUUCAUGAUGCCAAGGUGAACGCGAAUUAGUUAUUUUGUAACACUUUGAUAUUGGAAAUGUCAUUUCAAGAGUGUCUGAUAUUCCUUAAAAGAUGAAUUCGUGCUUAACCACCCAAGUAUUUAGGAAACUGGUUUGUCACACAACUGUACAGCAGCCUAGAGCUGGUAUGAUUUUUUUUGCUGCUGUUUGAAAGUAUACAACAGUCUGGCAGUAGUGGCCAUUCAACAUAGAAAUCAGUUUAUUCAGUUUUUUAAAAAAAACUUCCAACCAACUACAAAACAAAUUCCAACCAUAUGUAACCAUACCUAAAGUUUAACAUUGAGUUGUUUGCUCUCACUUUUUGAAAAGGUACAUGACCAUUUCCAAAUAUCCCGGAAGUCACAUCUUUGGUGUCAUUUUCUCAUUUUGGUAAAGUGCAGAAGUGUUAUUUCCAAAAGACCACUUAGGAAAUUCAACAUGUUCUUUUUUUAAAAAAUAUGUACUUAUUUAUCCAAAUUUCUUCCAUCUUUUGCAAAGGUUUUGAUCUCCAUUGUGAUUACACUGGACUAACCUGGCUAUGUCACCUGGAUUUGAACUGUGUUAAACUCUUUUUCACUUGGUGAAUGUCCUCAGUCAAUGUCUGAGCGGGUGUUGGGUUGGUUCCUUUACAGGAUUCAAGUGCUGGGAGUCACGCUGUUUGUUCUCAAGCAGAUCAACUUGUGAACCCCUCUUUCCCCUAGCUGGCUGUGAUCAGUUACUGCACCACACAGCCACAUAAACCAGUGACACAGACCACAGCAAGCAAUGCAUUAAUAGAAUCAGUUGGUUGGGUAAUGUGUGGAGAAAGAAACAGAGUUAACAAUUCAGAUCACUAUCCUUUCUUUCUUUGGAAAGAUCACAGAACUCAAAUGUUAACUCUAUUUUCCACUCCACAGAUACUGCCUGACCUUCUGAGUGCUUUCAGUUUUCCAGCAUCCACAACAUUUUUGCUAUUGACCAGGGAAAGCAUUUUUGCUUUAAUUCAAAGUGUGAUUUCCAACACUCUCUGGAUAGUUCUGGAAUCUAUAGGAAUGAAAGCCUAACCUUCAACACACUGUUGUAAGGAGCAUAAAGUCUUUGGAGCAUUUUCUAUUGUACACUUUUGAUUAUUAGGAAUUAAAAAGAUAUCAGAAAUGGAGGAAUGUUGAUUGUUUGACCUGAUGAAGUGUGCAGAGGCUGGAAACCACCUUUUGAAAUCUCCAGGAAUACCAGAGAUGGCAAUGCUAAAUGUUAAUUUAAAAAUUAUAAUCACUGGGAAGCUUGUUGUAUCAUGGAGAGAUUGCUGGCUGGAUGCCGCCCCCAAACAAAACAAUGAAAACUAAUGCUGCUGAGAAAAGUACAUUCCCCAUAUAACCAGUGGAGCACAAUGACAAACAAUAGCAUCAAGUUUUAGGCUAGUUGUUUAUCAAUUUACCAAUAAACGUGUUGUUAGACCUAACAGCAACAAAAUGGUUUUAAAGAAAAAACAAAGCAUUAAAAUCCUGACUAGGAAUGUUAAAGCACAAAAUUGAAUCCAACAUGUUUUCACUUUUAUCUUGUGAUGUGUCGAGCUUUUCCUGUCUUUCUUAUUAUUGAUGUAAAAUGUUUGCAACGCUGACUGAAUGGUGAUGUAUUAAGUUGUUUGUCUGGUAGGUUGCCACCAUUUGUGUUUGAAUCAUUUAUAAGCAGCAUCGCAAAUGUGGUUGUUGAUUUAGCCCGAGCUACAAACCUCAAAAAUCUUGAGCAUCACAAAUGUCCAAAGGAAAUUUAUAGAUGAUUCGUUGUUGAAUUUUCAAUCUGGCUGUUGUGCAUUAGGAACUAUGGAGAGAAUGAGCACAGUGGCCAUUUUGAGACCAGCUGUGCAGUAUGUUACAAACAUUCAACCAAUGGCAACAUUGAAAUUUGACUUAAUUAUCAUGAGUCCAGUUUUUUAUUAUAAAAUAACAAUUAAAUCAUGGCAAUCAGAUAACAGGGAGUUUUAUCUUUACGCUAAUAUGCUAAGCCCCUAUCGGAAGGGAAACUCAAGACAAACUUCCAUGGAGAUUAGAAAGGAUAGGCUAAUGUUAUCCUAGCCUUCCCUUUCUGCACCUUGCGUCCAACCUUCCAACUGGAAUGAAUUCUAGCCCUGUCCAGAAAACAAGAUUAGUCUUUAAUAAUCUUCUGCUCCCAGAAUUUUAUGGAUACUAAUCCAGCAGUUUAUACUAGAAGUCACUUUGUAUCACCUUGUCGUUCAGCCUGGAGAUUUAUGAGGAUCUGUCAAUCAAACACCAGACACUGUGGCAACUUAGAUUUGAUCAUAUUUCACCUCUUGCUUCAUUCAGAUGUAAGUUAAAAUUCUCAAGCAUUUGAAGCUGAUGAGUAUAAUAAUCAAUCUACCUUUUUUUGGUUUGUAAUAUGCAGCACUUCAUGUUGGUACCUUGUGAAAGAGGUUCUGGUCACACAUUCACAUCACUACUAAAAUCAUCUUUUUCUAUUUCCAUAAUUUUACCCCUGCCUGAGUUUAACUGCUGCCAAAACCCUCAUUCAUUGCCAUUAUUACUUGAUGACUUGACUAUUCUAACGCAUUGCUAGCCACCUUCCUACAUUAUACACCCUGUAAGUGUUAAACUUAGCCUGUGGCCAGCUUGCAUCAGAUCCUGUUCACCCAUCACCACUGUGCUCACUGACAUGCAUUGUCUUAUGGACAAGCAAUGCCAUUGUUCUGACAUUCUCAAUUUUCAAAUAUCCUCCACGGUUUCUCCCAUCAUUAACUCUGUAUGUAAUUCUUCCUCAGAUCCACAACCUUCUAAGCUACUGUACUCCCCUAAUACUAGCCUUAUAACCACUCUGAUUUUAAACACAGCACAAUUUGCAGCUAUCAUUUUAGCUGCCUGAGGCAUAAACUUUGAAAUUCCCUCCUUAAAUUUCUCUGCUUUUCCAUUUAAAAAAAAAUGACCAUUAAAACAUAGCUCUUUGACUAAACGUUUCAGGGUACAGUUACAUUUAAAAAACAUUUAGAUGAGUACAUGGAUAAGAAAUUUUUGGAGGGAUAGAGGCAAAGUGUAUGCAAAUGAGCCUAGUUUAGUCUGGGAUUAUGGUUGGAGUGGACUGGUUGGACUGAAGAGUCUGUUCUAUGCUGUAUGACUCUACCUGCCUUAAUACCUCCUUUUUCUGCCU